AUGUCCUUCCUUCAAACCCUCCUUCAAUCUUUGCGGGACAACGUUGCUGUUCUCGAACAUGAAGUCCAACAACACGACCUAGGAAUCCCCCAAGUAUGGGACUCGGAAGCUUCUACAAAGUUCGACGACCCUGAACAUCUGAUCUCUUGGCAAGCAUUUGAGGCUAUUGAAAAGAUUCGCGUUGACGUUCGCGCUCUCGAUGCAGCGGUUACGCCCAACCACAUCAAGCUGCUUGAGAUGGGUUUGCAGCCAGCGCGGACGAGUGCACUUAAUGUGGCAGUGUCCCUUGGUAUCACAGAUGUGAUCAAAGAUCUUGGGGGCGAUGCGAAGCUUGAGGAUUUAGCUAGCCGACUAAAUGUCAAUGAGCAGAAACUAGGAAGGGUCUUGAGAACCUUGGCUACUGAGUAUAUCUACCAAGAAAAGCAGCCAGGUGUUUUCAGCAAUACGCGGCAUAGUAAGACUCUCGAAAAGGAAGGCAGUGCUGCUCAAUUUCUGUCCCUCUUUGAAUGGUCUAACAAGCAAAGAGCGGACGAGGGCUUGAGGAGCUCUGCAGGUCUGCUGUCGCAUAUGACAGACACCAAGACCAAAGACUCUUAUCUGGCCACAGAUGCUCCAUUCUGUUCCACAGUUGCACAGAAUGGCGAAACAUUUUUCGAGCAUAUUGGUCAUCCCGAGAACUCCGGGGCUGCGCUUAAGGUGAUCAAGGGUGUUGUACCAUGGCUAAACGACCUUCAGCCGGCCAUCGAGAGCCUGAAGACCAGCCUGCCAGAGGAUAUUGCGCAAAAGGCUGCCGAAGGGAAAGUCGAAUGUGUCGUACAGGACUACUUCGAAGACAACGCAGCAGAGGGUGACAUAUGGUACCUCAGGGGAGUUCUGUGA